AUGUCUUGGGUUUUCAAGACCAUCCCGGCCGCGGGACCGGGCAUUGUGCAGUCGAUUACGCCGACGUCCUCUCCUGCGGCACAGACAACGACAGCGGCCGCGGUGCCGCAGAUCGUCCAGGCCCUGCCCGUACAGACUACGGUCUCCUCCUCCCAAUCGAAUGGCAGCGGCUUCCCCGUGCAGAUCGCCAUCAACCAGCCCAACGGGCAGGUCUCCUACCAGACCAUCCACGUUCCCUGGUAUGUUCUGACUGGGUGCCCGCCUUCCUCCUCGGGUAGUCAGAAUAACGCGACCAAAUCGACAGUCUCCACCACGACCAGCGCUUUUACUCCGCAGAUCAUCACACUGAAAGCGGACAACGUCGCUAACGGUGUGCUGUCGGAUUCUCUUCAAAGCGGAUUCUCUGCAAAGCGGCAAAAACGAGUACCCUGUGAUUGUCCGAAUUGCCAGCGGAAUGAUGGUGUUCGAAUGCCGGAUAGAAAAAAACAACAUAUUUGCCAUUAUCCAAAUUGUAAGAAAAUCUAUGUCAAAACCUCCCAUCUGCGCACCCAUUUAAGAUGGCAUUCCGGUGAACGGCCUUUUGGAUGUACCUGGAUGUUCUGUGGCAGACGGUUUACGAGAUCCGACGAGUUACAGCGUCACAUUCGAACUCACACAGGAGAAAAAAGGUUCAAUUGUGGGGAUUGUGGAAAGAGAUUUAUGAGAUCUGACCAUUUCAGUAAACAUAUCAAAACGCAUUCAAAAAAGAAAAGCGAUAAAGGAGACAAAUCUGAGACACCGAUCGCUGCGGACAAGAUCGAAUUCAUACCAGCAACGGAACUACCGGUGUAUCAAGAUAUUUACUUGAACGGUUGA